AUGCAGGAGGACGACGUUACCUACUAUUUCAGGGUGAUCGUCAAGAAAGAUCAUAACCCACCGGAGAACGACUGCCCACCGCCGACCGUUACCAUCCGAGUCUACAACUGCAAACAGCGCCACAUUAACCUCGGCGAUGUAAGAGCAUUUCACGCCGACUGCGACAGAGACGGUUUUCUCAUGGUGACAGGCACGACGCUUUACCUGAAAACCCAGCAGUCUUUCCCAUCCCACCAAAUCGCCGAGAAGCUCAACGAGAUCGGUGUAACGCGGACUAUUAAGAGCCAAAUCAUGCUCGAUAUCCAGUGCAAGAUGAACUCGAGGUCGCCGGCGCCGGGAGAUACGGGUAGUCCGGCGGUGGUAAGGUCGAUUCGAAUUUUGUUAUCUGAGAUUAAGCAAGAACUGUAUAGGUACAGAGAAAUGCUGGAGAAAGUGAGUUGGCCGUUGACGGCGGAGAAUGGCGAGUCGUCGAAUGAUGAUGAUGGUGUAGAACAAUGCGUAAUAUGUAUGGAGGAGUUCUUGGGUAGACCGCAUCUUAGUCGCACGGCGUGCUCUCAUGUUUAUCAUUCGCUUUGUAUUGCCAAGUGGCUUGCCCUUAAGAAAAGCUGCCCCAUCUGCCGGUUUCCUAUUCUGGAGACAGAUAUCUAA